AUGGCCUGCGAAGCUAAUAAACUUAGCAAGCCGGCCCACGAUGCGCACGACUUUACCAACCGCAUCCCCAGCUUCCGCUACGGCCUUCUCCGCCGUCUCUACCGCGGCCCGGGACGCGUCGACCGCCCGGCCCGCAUGCCUGGCCGAUAUGCCGGUCCAGCCGCAAGUCGCCAAUUUCUCGCGCAUCAUGCCAUCUAUGUCCUGGAACGUCCUCUUUGUUUCCUCGACGUUGUAGUCGCUCAGGCGCUGGUCCGUGACCUUCUGGAGGUCAUCAAAGUACCGGGUGAAAUCCUGAUGUUUCUGGGCCUCGACCAACGCCGGCCGCGCAGCCUCCAGCUCGGUCUCGGCCGUCUUCUUGGCACGAUUCAGCUCCUGCAGCUUUUGCCGAUUCAGGGACAGCUUCUCGGUGACGAUCACCAGCUUCUCUUGGGAGUUUUGGUGUGA